UCGGUGAUUAGCACAACGAGGACAAUGAAGGAUAGAUGCAGAGUCUGCAUGGCAUUGGCCGGACCAUUCAUAAACAUUUUUGAUGAGCGACCAAUAUGGGACACUUGCAUUGGUGACAUGAUAGCCCAGUGCACUGGGUACGUGGUUGAGCGAGGCGAUUCGCUAUCCGAAAAUAUAUGUCCGAUUUGCCUGGAGGAUGCCCUGAGUGCCUUCAGUCUAAAGAAAACCUGUGAGGAGAGCCAUCAGGUGGAUUGGGAACAGUUGUUGGAUAGUCAGGUACGGUUUGAAACCAAACCGAGCCGAGGUCGCACGAUGAAACGACCGUACCAGUGUGCUGAGUGCUCAAGGUCUUUCGCAUAUUCCAAAUGGCUACGGAAUCACGUUUGCUACACAGGCGAGCGACCGCAUCAGUGCACUGAAUGCUCCAAGACAUUUAAGCAAAAAGGCCAUCUAAAAAGACACAAACAGACGCACACGAGGGAGCUGUUCUACCGGACCGCACGAGCAGUUGUCCGCACGAAAUCGUUUCAACAGCAGCUAACCCAUCACACUGAACACCCCCGCAGGGACACGCGCAAGCAACCACUCAAGUGUGCGCACUGUGACAAGUCCUUUCUUGGGAGUAAAACUCUGCGAGAACAUACCCUCACACACGCGGAAAAGCUGCCCUACCAGCACGCACCCUGCUCAAAGUCUUUUGAGGAUCAAUCGAGCCUGCAAGUGCACGUCCGUUUCCCCGCGGUGGCACACCAGUGCGUCGAAUGCUCAAAGGCAUUUAUAAGCAAAGCCUGUCUGGAGAGGCACAUCCAACUGGAACACUACGAUGAACACAUCAUCGGCAUUUAAAGAACAGAACUGAUAUUACUUAAUACUUGGACCAUUCCUGUCUGGAAAGGCACAUCUCAUGGACACGCACUGAAAACAAACCUAUACCAUGUUGGCGAUUAUCGAAUUCAUUUAAUUAUAUGAAACCGUAAUUAUUUGGAAUGCCCUGCCGCAACUACUGGAAGUAGUCGGAGUUUUUUCGGUUAUGAUUAUGAUUAUGGAGCACUUGUUGAACAAGGCAUAAUAGAAGAUCCGGUAUAGACUGUAUUUGACGUAAAACUACGAUUAUUUGAAGAUCUAGUACCGGAUAAAAUAUAGUAUGAACCAUUGCAAUGUUUUGAUU